AUGCAGGCAGCCGGCGAGAAUGACACUGUCCAAUGAUUUGGGAACAACUCGCAUAGAGCAGAGUCCAACCUCCACAACUGUAUGCGGCUGACCGAGGAAACCCCCGCGACAUUACGGCGCUGGCAGCCCUCUCUCUCCUGUUCACCAUGAAAAUUCUUCAAAAUCACAAAUCAUGACAGAAUUUUUCGAGAAGAAAGGGCCUACCGAGCUCAUUGUCCAGAUUUUAUCUCUCUGCGACUCUGUCCAAGACUGUAUAUCGCUGGCUCUCUCAUGUCGUCGCAUCGCAGCUAUUUGGGCGGACAACGGCACUGGUGCUGGUAUUGCCUGGCAGAUAAAGCUGCGAGAUGCUCCUAGUAUUGAUGAUGCUCUUGUUGCUAUCCGCGCAACGCGGCUCGUGAUUGAGGCUGAAGCGCAGGGUCAACCUGGUCCCAAGGACAUCCCCAUCGGUCCGCUGACAAAACAACAAUCUCCAGCUAGUCUUGCAGAAGUAUACGAGAUAUGGAGGCUGCAUCAACUCAUCUGCAAAGCAGAGACCGCGGUUCUUGGGUAUCAAUGCCCGUGCUGCCCUCCACCAGACGUUGCCUCUAUCGGGGAACUGUCAGGAGUCUUUCCACUUGAGCUGCCAGAGCGGAUGCCGAGAGUGCGACCAACGGUUCACAAGGCAAUCUAUAGGGGCUAUAUUCUAUCGGCCGUGUUGGCAGGCCACUACAAAGAACCCUUGUUUGUCAGUCUAGCGACCGGCAAGCCCAGAGAUGAGGUGAUACGCAUGCUCUGCUCGGAAGGGUAUAUUGAGCAGUUCCCAGUGCUCAAGCCCAUCAACAGCCCGGACGAGGAAGAGGCCAUCUUCUCUAAAACUGGCGAAUGGAUGCAUAAACACAUGAUGGACGACGUGAAAGCCCGAGAAGCCAUGGCACAGAGAUUCGAGAGCGGCACCGGUCGUGCAACGCAGUGUCCUGGCGUGGACGAAUGCCAUGUUCACCUGUUAGACGGCGGAACUCAUGCAGACGCUCACUAUCUAUUGUGGGAGCUAAUGAAGAUUUUCUGGGUCUGGGAGAGCGAGCUGAUGCCGUCGCCUGCGGUCAAACUUCCACCAGAAGAAAGGCCAGUGCUACAUGGACCAAUUGCGCAGAUGAUAUCGCCGGUCGGAUUUAGCGCCUGCAAGAUUGGCUUUCCAAAUGAAAAAGGCAGCGAAGCAGAUUUUGAAGCUCUUGCUCUGUUCCCCGAUGAGCCUGAGAAAAGGAGCAUCUGCUCGGCAGUGGUUAACACGAUAUACACGCACUCGGGGCUGCCCAACUGCAACACCCAGACUGAGGAGCAGGCCGGGAGCAUGCAGACCAAGUUCUUCCAUUACUUUCUGCGCCGGUAUCUGGGACUACGAUUUGUAGGCGGCUUCUUCUAUGACAUGGAUGCCGAGAUCAGCUAUGUUGACUUUAGCUACUCGCUCAACAUCUUUGCCUUGGACGACGUGUCUGGUCGGCGCUGCCUUCGCGCGGCGGAGAGCGCGGGGACCACAGGCUUAAACUCUGCCAAUUUCUUAGAUGGUUCUGAGAUUAUGGAGAGAUAUGAUCCAGAAGUGACGUAUCACUAUGACAAUGGACUUGAUCCCGAGGGCAGAAUCACAGUAACAGAAUAG